AUGGGAAAGGAGAAGAUCCACAUUAACAUCGUGGUGAUCGGUCACGUGGACUCUGGGAAGUCCACCACCACCGGUCACCUGAUCUACAAGUGCGGAGGCAUCGACAAGAGAACCAUCGAGAAGUUCGAGAAGGAGGCGGCAGAGAUGGGCAAGGGCUCUUUCAAAUAUGCCUGGGUGCUGGACAAGCUGAAGGCUGAGCGUGAGCGUGGAAUCACCAUCGACAUCGCUCUGUGGAAGUUUGAGACCGGCAAGUACUACGUGACCAUCAUCGAUGCUCCUGGACACAGGGACUUCAUCAAGAACAUGAUCACUGGGACUUCUCAGGCUGACUGUGCCGUGCUCAUCGUCGCUGCUGGUGUUGGAGAGUUUGAAGCUGGAAUCUCUAAGAACGGACAGACCCGUGAGCACGCCCUGCUCGCCUACACUCUGGGCGUCAAGCAGCUCAUCGUUGGCGUGAACAAGAUGGAUUCCACCGAGCCGCCGUACAGCCAGAAACGCUUCGAGGAAAUCACCAAAGAAGUCAGCACCUACAUCAAGAAGAUCGGCUACAACCCCGCCACCGUGGCCUUCGUGCCCAUCUCCGGGUGGCACGGAGACAACAUGCUGGAGGCCAGUGACAAGAUGGCCUGGUUCAAAGGUUGGAAGAUCGAGCGUAAAGAGGGCGGAGCCACUGGGAUCACGCUGCUGGAGGCUCUGGACUCCAUCAUGCCCCCCUCCCGCCCCACAGACAAGCCUCUCCGGCUCCCCCUGCAGGACGUCUACAAAAUCGGCGGUAUCGGCACAGUCCCCGUGGGCCGUGUGGAGACUGGCGUCCUGAAGCCCGGCACGGUGGUGACCUUCGCCCCUCCUAACCUGACCACGGAGGUGAAGUCUGUGGAGAUGCAUCACGAGUCUCUGACUGAGGCUCUGCCCGGAGACAACGUCGGCUUCAACAUCAAGAACGUGUCCGUGAAGGAAAUCCGCCGUGGGAACGUGGCGGGAGACAGCAAGAACGACCCCCCGCUGGGAGCCGAGAACUUCACUGCUCAGGUCAUUAUCCUGAACCAUCCCGGGCAGAUCUCCCAGGGGUACGCUCCGGUGCUGGACUGCCACACGGCUCACAUCGCCUGUAAGUUCAGCGAGCUCAAGGAGAAGAUCGACCGUCGUUCUGGAAAGAAGCUGGAGGAAAACCCCAAAGCUCUGAAGUCUGGAGACGCCGCCAUCAUCACCAUGGUCCCGGGGAAACCCAUGUGUGUGGAGAGCUUCUCCCAGUACCCUCCUCUGGGUCGUUUUGCCGUCCGGGACAUGAGGCAGACGGUGGCUGUGGGUGUGAUCAAGUCUGUGGAGAAGAAGGCUCCGUCCUCCGGUAAAGUGACCAAGUCUGCACAAAAAGCCGACAAGAAGAAAUGA